CGAGUCCGCGCGACCGUAACGGAUAUUUGCGCCUCAAAACACCGAUAAAACCGUCACUUGACGCUGAACAGAUAAAGCGCGGAGAUGUCUGUGGCGGGGCUGAAGAAGCAGUUUCACAAAGCGACGCAGAAAGUCAGUGAGAAGGUCGGAGGAGCUGAAGGCACCAAACUGGACGAUGAUUUCAAAGAAAUGGAAAAGAAAGUGGACGUUACGAGCAGAGCAGUGCUUGACAUCAUGACUAAAACCACAGAAUACCUGCAGCCAAACCCAGCGUCCAGGGCUCGUCUAAGUAUGAUCAACACCAUGUCUAAGAUCCGGGGUCAGGAGAAGGGUCCGGGUUACCCUCAGGCUGAGACGGUGCUGGGGGACGCCAUGCAGAGGUUCGGCCGUGAGCUCGGAGAAGAGUCCUGCUUUGGUCUGGCUCUGCUGGACGCCGGUGAAUCCAUGCGUGAGCUCGGCGAGGUGAAAGACGCUUUAGAUAUAACCGUCACACAGAACUUCAUAGACCCGCUGCAGAACCUGCACGACAAAGAUCUCCGAGAGAUUCAGCAUCAUCUGAAGAAGAUGGAAGGCCGCCGUCUGGACUUCGAUUAUAAGAAGAAGCGUCAGGGGAAAGUGACGGAAGACGAGCUCAAACAAGCGCUGGAGAAAUUCGACGAGUCUAAGGAGAUCGCGGAGCAGAGCAUGUUUAACCUGCUGGAGAACGACAUCGAGCAGGUGAGUCAGCUGUCGGCUCUGGUUCAGGCUCAGGUGGAGUAUCAUCAGCAGGCGGCUGAGAUCCUGCAGCAGCUCUCCAGCAAGAUAGAAGACAGGAUAAAGGACAUGUCCAACAAACCCCGGAAGGAGUACAUUCCCAAACCCCGCAUGGAGCUUCAACUGCCCAGUGAGAAUCACGAUGGAGGAAUAAACUCUGCAAAAUCACCUGCACGCUCACCAGCUCCGUUGGAUCAGCCGUGCUGUCGCGCGCUCUACGACUUCGAGGCGGAGAACGAGGGCGAGCUCGGCUUCAAGGAGGGUGACAUCAUCACUCUGACCAAUCAGAUCGACGACAACUGGUACGAGGGCAUGAUCCACGGCCAAUCAGGGUUCUUCCCCAUCAACUACGUGGACAUCCUGGUGCCUCUGCCUCACUAGGCUCCGCCCACCCCCGCUGUUGCCUAGCAACCCAACAGCCGCCUUUAUCGUGCAUCUGUGCUACAGCUUCACUUCCUGUUCCUGUCGAUCAGUGACUCGGAGGAUUAUGAUGAUGUUGAGGAGGAUUAAAGAUAUUACGGAGUCCCGUCUAAAUGGAGAAGCAGUUCAAGUGCUCAGUGUGUGUGAGUGUUUGCGCUCCUGGACUCGUGGUUUACGGUGAAUCAUGAGUCUGUUUAUAUUGUUUUCCUCGUGUUUCAGAUUAUUUAUUUGUACUUCAUAAGGGAACUUGCGCUUCACUCUUCUGAUAAACCUCACUUAGUCCAGCUCUAUCCCAGCAUGCUUAUAGGAAAGUUCUGGAUCUCCAGAUGUGUGUUUGAUUGCGUCGCUGCUCUCUGUUUGACGCACACGUUCAAUCUUUUUUCUCCUCGCUAAGCAGCGAACAACAAGAUGUUGUUCCGAUUGAUUUUAUUGCUUGCUGAUGCAUUUUGGCUUUGGCUCAGAACAGAAAAGUUGCUCCUGCGUUGCAAAAGUUAUGUUUUUCUCAGUGUUUUUGUCUUGUUUCCAG